AUAAAAUAAAAUAAAUCGUUAUCCUUAUAGGCUUUUUUAUUUUGAUUCAAACCCCCUCUAAGAGUCCCCUCUUGUACAUGUUGACUUGCCUUACGGACAACCUCAAGGUGAUAUUAACAAGACAACCGGUAACUUAUCCCGUUAACUUACUCUCUUACCUUCCCCUCACGUCUCCUCCAAGAAUCUCUAUACAUUACCCCUUUCCCGCCAAAAAAAACUAAACAGUAAUGGACUCCGAUCAUCCCUCCACAUCCACCUUGGAUACACCACCGCAGCCACCACCACCAAUCGACUCCAGCCAGUACCCACCUGAGCCUCUCACCGAACGCGUCCUCCGUGCACUUGAAAACCGUCUCCUUCUUCUCCACCGCUCUAACAACGACUUCUUCAUCUUAGGCGCCACCGGAAAUGUCUACACAGUCACUCUCUCCGCCACCCCGUCCUGCACAUGCCCUGACAGUACCACCCCAUGCAAACACAUACUCUUCGUCUACAUCCGCCUUCUCUCUGUUUCCCUAGACGACCCUUGUUUAUGGCGCCGCACCCUCCGCCCUUGCCAACUCACCCGCCUCCUCUCUGCUCCCGUCUCUGUAGAUGCGGUUGCUGGUGUAGCCAUCCGACAACGCUACCAAGAACUGUAUCUCCACCGUGCCACAACAAACCCAGAUGGGGAGGGACCCCCGGUGCAGGUGGAAGAGGGUUCAAAUUGUCCGGUGUGUCUGGAGGAGAUGGGCAGAGGGGAUCGGAAACUGGUGGCGUGUGAGACUUGUAAGAAUCCGAUUCAUGAAGAGUGUUUGAUGGCGUGGAAGAAGACCAGUAGGAGAAGAUUGACGAGUUGUGUGAUAUGUCGUGCAAGAUGGAGAGAUCCAGCUGAACGAGAGAGGUAUAUUAACCUCUCGGCGUAUGUUAGCGCAGAUGAAAACACCAUACAUGGUCAACAGGAUGUAGAUUAUAGUGGGGUGAAUGUAAAUGAUUAGAGAUAUAAAAAAAAUAGAGAUAGACUUUUUAUUUCUCUCAUUCAUAUUUUAUUUAUUUCUUGUCCAUUUGUUUGGAAUUGAUGGGAUUAAUUCAAAAUAUAAAUAGAAACAUCUACUCGCAUACCAUGCAGUGUGCAGUUAACUCCCACUUAAUUCGGCUAGCAAGUCCAACGUUGUUAUUGAUA